AUGAUUCGCACCGACGACGUUUCGUCGUGUCACCAGCUGCAUAUGUUAUAUAUUCAGCUAGGUGGAUGUACCCUCGGAUGUACUCUCCCCGUGUACGUGGAGAGGAUCGUCGAAGAGUUUCAGAGGGGACAAUAUGGAGGGAACAUGGUGGAGAUGGUGGAGGAACAGCAGCAUGGAGCAGGAGGUGGCCGAGAGGAAGAAGAAGGGAAAAGAGGUAACACGCGUAUCGUAAUGCACAAUGGUGCAUUAGCCAGGAGUAGACGGUCAGACGGUCUCUCCCGCGGACCGGUUGAAAUUCAACCGACCGGUAUUGUAUCAAACGAACAAAUACAAUCUCGAGGAGUCCGACGUCCGAAAUCGGUCCACGUUACGAGGGAAGUUAGACCAAAAGGAAGACGAGAGAAGAAUUGUUCAAAUGAUCUGAACAAUCGAUCACAUCGAAAUAAUCCUUGGAGCACAAUUGGAUAUUUUAGUACCAUGGCCGUCUCUCUUUCGCACCCGCAUCCGCAUGAUUCUAAUCGCCGAGAAUUCUUGGAAGUUUGGCUCAACACCAAGGAUCUACGAUCUAAAAGGAAAGGAGUUAACCCGACAUCUGGAUACGAAGAACCUAAUUGUACAUCUAUCAGGUUCUCCAUACGAGGAGCCUAA